AUGGCAUCCUCAGAGGACGACCGUGAUAGUAACGACGAGAAAGACGACAAAAAGAUUAAUCGCUCAAUGUUUGUAAGAUUGUUAUUACUGGAUAAAUCAAAAACACCGUCCGUGAUGAAAUCUAAGACAGAAGCAUGGUCUACUCCCAUUGCUGAAUAUUCUUCUUUAAUUGGGAAACUGUUCACUGUAAUACAACUAAAGAAAGUAGUGCAGAACAUAAACACUACCAUAAAAAAGAAGACAGAUGUAAAAGCUUCCGGAAAUAAGCCCAUUAAAUUGAAAAAAUGGGAAAAUGAGUUCCUACAACUAACAGACAAAAGACAAUCCAGUAUAUCACAAAAUCCCAGGAAAUAUGUCGGUUGGCACUGGCCUAUCUACUGCAGGAAACAGUAUUGUGGACGAUAG